AUGUUAAUCAUGCAGUUGUGGCUCCCAUGUUGUCCAUAUCUCCACUUGUUGUUUUUUUUCAUAACAAGUAAACGACGUCAUCCUGAGAGUUACACCCCCCGCGGAAAACGAAGUGAGCGGAUCAGUGCUCCUCUAGUAGCAUCUUUACGGUAGUCGCGCUCCUCCAAUCCCGCAGCGCUCGCUGCUGCCUGCGGUCGCAUCUUGUUGCCAGAACUUCGGCGAUGCGGUGACACGUUUUUCUUUGUUAUUUCUUCACGCUCUGCGCUGUUCCCUUCGCUUUGAAUUGCGUUUGUUUUGGCAGGACAUCCCGCCGAUGCGCAUGUUGCCGCAGCCGCAGACCGAUCUGCAGGACGUCUUGUCUUGGACCGUCAGAGGGAGGAGAGCUGGGAUCCACGAGCCGACGUUAAGACUUCUGAGCUUUAAGGAUAAGAUUCUUUUUUAAGACACGGUUACGUCAUCGGGUGACCACUGGCGUUCUGCGCGCACCUCUUUCGGCAACUUAUUAAUCAUCCGGUCUCUGAAUUCUGUUGUAGCAAGAACAAUUCCCGUCCGUGUUCAUGCCAGAUCUGCAGCGCUUCAGUUUUCCAUACCAUAGCAUGAAUCCUUUGUUGGGGGCCCACGCGCAUCUCCAACAGCAUCCAGCGCAGAGCCAGUCGCCCGGACACCCGGACUCUCCCUCAGGCCUCCUGCCCGACGCCGUGUUCAGCGGACCGGAGCCGGCGUCCUUUCUGCUGGUGGAGCAGUCCGUCCCGGGCCCCGAUCAGCUGGGGCCUGACUUCACCGCACCCUCUCAGACCUCACCUUACCUGCACCACAACCACAGCAGCCUCUAUCAGCACCGCGCGGCGCAGCAUCCCCCCGCGGCCAUGGCUCUCAGAAACGACCUGGGAUCCAACAUCAGCGUCCUCAAAACCCUCAAUCUGAGGUUCAGGUGCUUUUUGGCCAAAGUGCACGAGUUGGAGCGCAGAAACAAGAUCUUGGAGAAGCAGCUGCAACAAGCGCUGGAUGCCAACAAGGGCUGUCAAGGGGGAUGCUGUGAGAACAGGGCACACACCCAGGAUGCAGGUGUGCAGACUGGAUUUGUUGGUACCAUACCGCUCAGGCCCGGCUCCCUCCCCUUCCACAACACCAACAACUCCGCCAGGAGGCCUACGACACUGUUCACACCACCUCCCACAUCAACUCUCCCAGCUGGAGCCGCUGAAAACACCAGUUCAACCCAAACGAGCACCGGUAACCCGGCCAUCAUUAUCAGCCAGUCCUCUCCCUGCGUGGACUCCCCCGGCUACGGCUCUAGGACGGUCUCGAGCACCAGCUCAUGCUCCACCAAUCCUCCUCCACGGUUCCUUCCAGGCACCAUCUGGUCCUACAACCACAACCGCAAGUUCGGCCCUGGUGGGGAGCGUCUGACCAGCCCCGGGGUGUCCUGGGUGCACCCGGACGGCGUCGGGGUCCAGAUCGACACCAUCACCCCUGAGAUAAGAGCCCUGUACAAUGUCCUGGCCAAAGUGAAGAGGGAGAGGGACGAGUAUAAACGCAGAUGGGAAGAAGAAUACACCAUGAGAGUGGAUCUGCAGCAGAAGAUGGCAGACCUACAAGAGGACCUGCAGGAGAGUGAAGGCUGUCAGGACGAACUGGCUCUCAGGAUUCAGCAGCUGAAGGCAGAGCUGGUUCUCUUCAAAGGUCUCAUGAGCAACAACUUGUCUGAGCUGGACAGUAAGAUCCAGGAGAAGGCCAUGAAGGUGGACAUGGACAUCUGCCGCCGGAUCGACAUCACUGCUCGUCUGUGUGACGUAGCUCAGCAGAGGAACUGUGAGGAUGUGAUCCAGAUGUACCAGGUUCCUAGCAGCCAAUCAUCCUUAAACUGCCGCCGGAGACAAACUCCUCUGUCGUUUAACGGGAGCGAGUGUGACGAGCCUGUGAGCACCUCCGAGAGUGACGGGGGCGUGGUCAAAGUCGAGGAGCACUGCGGCUCCUCGGCCAAUCAGAUCAAUGAGGAGAUGCAGAGGAUGCUGAACCAGUUGCGUGAAUGUGAGUUUGAGGAUGACUGCGACAGUCUGGCCUGGGAGGAGACAGAAGAAACGCUGCUCCUUUGGGAGGACUUCCCAGGAUGCACUCUGCCUCCGGACCCCACCCACCCACCAGGAGAGGAGGACACUCUGGAAAAGGUGAUUAACGACACCGAAUGUCUAUUCAAGUCCCGAGAGAAGGAAUACCAAGAGACAAUUGACCAGAUUGAGCUGGAUCUGGCCACGGCAAAGAGUGACAUGAAUCGACACCUGCAUGAGUACAUGGAGAUGUGCUCGAUGAAGAGAGGCCUGGACGUCCAGAUGGAGACCUGCAGGAGACUCAUCACGCAGAGUGGAGACAGUAACUCUGCAGCAACCGCGUCCUCUGACGACAGUGACCCGAAAGAGAGCGACAAGUCUUCGGCGUCUCCACCCUCUUCCUCGAGUGCUGUGAGAUCCUGACACCUCACCCCAGCAGCAAUGGAAGCUCUGGUCAUGUGACCUCCACCACAUCCAGCUUUACAGUACCACACCAAGGCAAUGUUAACGUGUAACUAUGGCAACACUGUGUUUACACAUGAGCCUCUUCAUUCACUGACUCAUAUCGUUUGUUCUCGUGCUGUUUUGUGCACAUCAGCUUUGGUUUCAGGAGACUCGUGGCACUGAAACUGCUUGAGUAGCAGAGCUGGAUAAUGCUUGAAGAUUGUGAAUUUACUGUAAGUCGAUGGGCUCGUGUCCCUCUGAUGCAGCGAGGCAGUGCAGCGCUGUAGACUGCCGCUGGACCUUUUUCACUCCACACUCACCAACAUACACUUGCUAUCCUGGGCAUCUUCAUCAAACCGUAAUCUCGCACGUUUCAAUAACCGAGUGUCGUACAGGAACUCUGAAGGCUUUCGGACCAACUCAACAAAACAUACAGUCCUGUAAUUAACACACUUUCAAUAAACCUACGAAAUACCGGAAGCAGAUUUCACUCCAACAGUGCGGUAGUUUGACCUGGCCAUGAUACACAAAAAGGUCAAAUGUGAGUUUGGUAUUGACAGUGGUGUACUUGAGUCUUCGUAGUCUGAUACGAUGUCAUGAUUCAGCAUUUUACUGCCUUACAGCUGAAGAUUCAGAGCUUGCCUUGUAUCUGUGUCAUAUCAGAAUAAACCAUGAGCAAAGCGAAGCUAAAGCUAAAUAAAUCAUAACAUAUGUGCUUGAUUUGGCAAAAAGUUGAAAAAUUAUUAAAAAAACAAAACAAAAACAUUAGCUGCGUGUAAACCGGAGCCGCAGAAACAGUCUCUGCAUAAAACAUGCCUUGUCCCUCUUGCUAAUAUUGUUGGGUAUAAUAUUGAAAAGAGAGUUUUGAUCUUGUUGGUCUGAUAACACGAUUAUUCAGCAGGUCUCAUUCAGGUAAAUCACCAGUUUGAUCAUGUUAUCUGUUGCCGUUGUGCUUUGCAUUUCCUGUCUAACCUAUUUCGACAUUACAUUUAAUCUUUGGAUAAAUUGUGUUACAAUGUUUCCACUACACCGCUUCACACUACACUUCCACUGCAAUAAGUUUAAUUUCAUUGGCUGGAAGUACCAGCAUCGCUACGGCUUCAGACUUUGUAGCCCUCAUACGCAGAGAGAUAUCCAUCCCAGAGUGAGCAGCCACAUCAAUUUCUCGGUGGGAAUUGUUGAUGAAAAUGAUGUUCAAGCGUUUUUCAGCAAAUAAAUUGGGACACAAACAAGAUCAUUUACUGCAAAUAAUACAUAGCAAAUAAAACUGUAGAUGUGAAAUGCUUUGAACACCACUGAUCAGACUAUUUAAGGUUUGUAUCUUUUGUAAAUCUUUAUGCUUCACGAGAAACCCAAAGUAGCAGCGAAGGAUCUUGUCAGUGUCAGAGGGAGGCAUGUUUGUUUUCAGUGGUAAAUGUAGCUGUAGUCUCUGGUGCAGUGAAACACUGCUGAUCUGGAGUCAGGUUCGCUCCACACACUGUCACCGAUGCUCAGACGAGUAUAGUGGGAGCCCAUUUGACAGUGUAAUGUAGGAGCCGUUGAUAAGAAGUUUUGUUUUGAGCCGUAACGUUUAGUUCAGAGUAAAGGGCCCUAUAAUGUUGCAUGGUGAAUCAAUUUAAGGAUAGUGUAAGAACAAAAAGAUGGUCAUAGAAUAUUCUUAGUUAGCUGGUGAGUGCCAAAAUUAAAAGGAAGACAGUGGUCAUAUUGAGAGUCAAGAGGAAAUUGCUGAAUAAAAGAGAAGAAGAAAAGAGAAUGACUAGCUGCCGACCAUGUUUCACCAAGGUGCUUGAUGUAUAUAACUAAACCUAUUUUUGAUCCUACAAAUGUUUGCACAUAGGAAGGAAGAGCAAAGCAGAAAUGUACUAUAUGAAACAAUCAGCACUAUAUCUUGUAAAAGAUUAAAAAAAAAUGUCAAGACGCUGGAAAUAGAAAACUGUAUUUCUUCUAUUUGUAUUUCUUUAUCUUUUAGAUAUUGGAGGUGGGAUACUAGAAUAAUAAAAGAACAUGAACACAUACCUCAUUUUUACUUCAUUUAAUGUUUUUCUUGGCACAUUUAAACAUGAGGUUUGACUCACACACACACUGCUACAGUGAAACAUGUAUGAAGAUUCCGCCGUAAAUUGUCACAGUUAGGGGAACACUCCCCUAUCAAUCAUCACUGAUCUAUUAUCAGACACUGUCGUCUAAAUAUAGUCCUGGCUAUGUCUGGUUGAACCAGGGGAAAUUCAUUUUUUCUGCUUCUGCCGUUACUCGCACUUCAUCACUUUGUUAGAGUAAACAAAAAUAACUAGCAAGAUGAAUUUGAAGCGUAUAUAAACUCAUGCAUGUGUGGCCGGUGGAAUCAGCUGAAUGCCGAUUUCGGUGUUUCACUAUAGUUGGAAUACCAGAGGAGGAUGUCAGACAUAAAACACAAGGUUUCCUUUUGUAUAGUUUUAACUUUCACGCAUUGAGUUUCUGUGUAUGCAUGUGCCAGUGUGUAUGUUUGUUUUGGGUGUUAUGUGUGUAUAGUUUUUUUUUUUUCUAAGGCUUUUACUGUGGCAAAUGUACAACAUCAAGAAAUAGGGGGGAAAAAAAUUGCAUCUCUGUGUUUACCAGUUUAACUUUAGUAAGUGAAAUCUGAGACUGGGCUGUGUUUCGACAAUAAUCACCUGAAAAAUUCAAGUAUAUGACUCAAAUGACAACGGAGUUCUUUUUUUUCCAUAGGUACUCUUUCUUUAUGAGUGUACAGUAUGUGGUUGCCAAGUUAAGUCGAUAUAUCAAUAACUCAAGAUUAAGAAAUGAACUAUGUAUAUGCAAAUGCUUUAGCGAAAUGACUAUACGAUGGCUUUGAUAUAUAUGUAAAGGAAAAACAGCUAUGAAUAUAUAUACUUGUGUUUAAAGACUGCAAGAAAGGAAAGUCCACAAAAGAAACUUAUAGUCGAUUUGAAUUAAAAUAUAAUGUAUAUUUCAUGGAAUUCAUGGCGAUUUAAGGGGGUUUUGUCACUUCUACUCCUCUGAAAGCCUUUGCCUCAAAAUAUGUUUGAACAUAUUUGGCAUCAUUCCACAAUUUGAUGAUAAUCCUGAAUAUUGAUCGGGGACUUUGCAGCUUUAAACGUCAAGACAAAGCAAUUUUGGCUAAAAAGCUUCACUGCAGAGCUCCAGUAUGUAUUAUGUCGAGAGAGACUGAAAGAAUAAAAGAUGCAACUGAGCAACAAGA